AACCCCCCCACCCCCUCCCGGCAUUCCCGAGGGAGGCACCGAUUGCACAAAGCGGCGGAGGGGCCGGUGUGUCACCGCCUGGGCCCCGGGACUGGCAGGUCCCUGCUGCAGCCUGGGGUCCACAGAGGUCCCGGUGAUCCCUGGUUGGGUUUGGAAGUCACCUCUUGUCCCUAAGAGGAUGAAUGGCUUUUGGGUGAAGCUCCUGCAUUCCAGGAGAAAUGACUGGAGCUGUUGGGGGGGAUUUAAGUAGCUGGAGGGGUGAUGGCUUCUUCUCUUAAGGAAUCAUAGAGUCGUUUUGGUUGGAAGAGACCUUCAAGAUCAUCCUGUCCAACCAUUAACCCAGCACUGGCAAUGUCCCAGCACUAAACCAUGUCCCUCAGCACCACAUCUACACAGCUUUUAAACACCUCCAGAGAUGGGGGACUCCUCCACCACAGCCCAGGGCCUGACAAGCCUUUCCAUGAUGGAAUUGUUCCUCAUACCCAAUUUAAGCCACCCCUGGCACAACUUGAGGCCAGUUCCUCUUGCUUUAUCACUUCUUCUUUGGGAGAAGAGACCGACUCCAGCUCGCUCCAACCUCCUUCCAGCCCAGCCCAGAAACUCGUCUUCAACAGAGUGAAUGGCAAGAGGCCACAGGUGCUGCUGCAGCAGAUCUCAGCCCCCGAGGAGUGCUACACGCUGGCCCACGAGGAGAAUGUCCGCUUCAUCUACGAAGACUUUGUUCCCAUCGACCUGGAGGAGUGGUGGGCACAACAAUUUCUGGCCAAAAUCCAAAACUGUUCGUAAAAGGGAAGAAAGGUUUGGGUUCGGGGUUUCGGUGGUGUGUGUUUGGUUUCUUUGUUGGUUUGUUUUUGUUUUUUUUCAAAGAGAAGCAAAGCUUGAUGGAGAGAGUACCCUGAAUCCAGUGGGAUUUUAGAACCAUGGUUUUUUUUAAAAAAAAAGAAAAAAAAUGAUGACUGAAAUCAAGUGACCCUCAGGCUGCCAGCCCAGCGGGACCGGACCACAGCCAUGCCUGGCUGCCUGCCCCCUCCCUGCACCCGGUGUGGAGGAGCAGCCUGCAGCCCCAGCCAGGAUUCCUUAAGUGCCAGUUCUUGGACCCCUGCAGCUCCUGUGGCCUCCAGCUCCCAGGGACACUGCGGUGCUGUGCUGGGGAGGAGGGGAGCAGAUCUCCCCCAGGGAUGGUGGGGUGCUGUAGCAGGACUGCCAGACAAUAAAGUGCUGAAACUGCCA